GAGGAGCAGGUGUCACAGGAGAUCAACCCCGGUUGAUCUCCACUUGUUUUAAAAACAUGUCUCUGUAGUGUUUUAACUCUGUCGUGUUCAUUUUUAUCAUACUGCUCAUGAGUCUCACAAUCUCAACAAUCAAUGUAAGAAGUGUGAAGACUCUAGUGAGAGCUCAGAGCAUUUUAUCCCUGUUGAGCACUCUGAAUGCAGAUAUAUUUCUGCUGCAAGAGUGCUCCUUGCCUUUUUUAAACAAUUACAGCAAGUGGGAACAGAUGUGGACCCCGGGACCCUCCGUGUGGAGCGGGUCCAAUUUUAACAGAGCGGACGGGGUCGCCAUCUUGAUCAAGAAUCCACACAUCUCGGUGAAGGGCAGCACGGUGCCCCCCCAGGAGCUUUCUUUUAGGUGUGGAGAGAGCGGUGUUUUAUUUCAUGUGGGGGUCCAAGUGGGAAAGACUAAGGAGGGAGGUCCUGAAGAAAAGACCUGAGAACGGAGGAAAGGGCCUCCCAGACCCCCACCUGUUUUUAGGAGCCCAUUUCACCGCCCUCCACAUCAGAUACGCGACGGCCCCAUCCGGAGACAGCAAGACAACAGCCCUGGCCCGGUUCUGGAUGGGGUCGUACCUGAGAAAACUGAAAAUUUUAAAUACUGAUCUUAAACGUCCAGUUGCUUUUAACCUGCCCCCUCAAUAUGUUUUUAUCAAAAAGUUUUUAAUGAGAUUUGACUUAGAGGGGCAGGAUGUCACCAUUUUAACAAAAGCAAAAUCUCUUGUCUCCCUUGUGCAGGACCGGGAAGCAGUGAGCCCCGUUCCCGGCCUCACACUCAGUGAGGCCAAGCAGGCUUGGAGGAACGCUGCCCACCCCGCCCUCCAGAACAAGCUGAAGGACCUGGCGUGGAUGGCGCUCCAUGAGGUCCUCCCGGUCAGAGCCGUGAUGCACUCCCGGGGCAUGGCCAGAACCAACACCUGCCCGCGGCCAGGAUGCGGCCAACCUGAGACCGUGCGGCACCUGCUCUGGGAGUGCGGCGUGGCGAGGGACCUGUGGACCGAUACCGGCCCCCUGCAAUGCCCGAGCCUGCCAGCAGGGGAGGUCCCCCCAAGCUACCAUCUAGUGGUCAGCGGGGUGGGCCAGGGCGCUACCACCAUCCCAGCCGCCGACUUCGCCGCGCUCUGGCUCACCCUAAACUGCAUAAAAGCCGCACUGUGGACCUCCCGCAACCUGCUGGUGGGGAAGCGCGUGACGGUGCCCCUGCCAGCGCUACGGCGGCUGGUGACAUCUACGCGGCAGGAGGCGCCGCACGUCGCCAUUCGGAGGAGGGGGCCGGGGUCACUAACAGAAGGUUCCCGCCCCCCACGGCUGCUGGCUCCCGCCGACGCACCCCCACUAUCACCAUCACGGGACGGAGCAGCGGGCGGAGGGGAGGACCUCCACUGGGCGCAUCCGCGCUUGCCUCGCUCUUCUGGAGAGCGGGGUGGAGCCUCUUGUUAG